AUGACUGGACUGUUUGAAUUAGUCUCAAUUGCAAUAGCAAUAGCAUGUUUUACAAAUAAUCUAAUCUAUCCUAUGCUGAAGCUAUCAAAAACAUUCUUUAUUGCUGCGGUACAAGCACAAGAAAGUUUCUCAAAUGAAUUUGCUGUAAAUGUUUACCUAUUGUCGACCGGAGUAUUCUUCGCACAGUGGAGAGUCAAUGAAUUCUGGGGAGCAACUGGCCCCAGAUACAAUUCAGACAAUGCUACCAUACCCAUAAGAAUUGUAAAGGGCCCUUGGAACUUAGCGGUGUGCAUUUUCAUCAUUAAGAAUAAGAGUCCUUUUACAGAUUCUUCUUCUGUGGCUUUCCCAUCCUCUGUUUCCCUGGAAUAUACUGAAGAGGAGGGUCGCAGACUCCGCGACGGUGUGGGGGAUAUGUUGACAACGCUAGAGGAAGAGCACUCACACUGCCAGAGCACCACUCCUCCAGAAGCAGACAGCUGUUGCCAAAACCCGAGGAACCUUGCCAUAGUGGGGGGCGUGGCUCUAAUGGUAAAAGCUAUUGGAAGCUUAGCCCUCGCCAUCUACAUGCUGCAUCUCAGGGAACACAGUGCAUGGGUUGAGGUUGUGCUUAGCAGCUUUACCUUGGUCGUCAUUACACCCAUACUUUUCUGGGGUAUACACUUCGAAAAACGUCGCUACCUGACCGCGUGGCUCCUGUGGAACUUGGCGGUAAUCACCAUCAACAUCUGCGGCUUCGUCGUGCUAGUCCACAAGUCCAUCCCCAUCCACACGUCAGUCAUAAUCGGGGUCUUUGCCAAUGUGACGUGGAUCUUGCUGGCUUCGCGACCCGUCUACGUCUUUAGGAAAGUGCUGAAAGCCUUAGACCCAUCUGUAGAAAGCGAACCUCAUUUCUGAA